AGUUUCUUUUGUAUUCUCUCCUCCCUCGCCUCUUGGCUUGCUCCUCUCCUCCUCGGGGCCGCAGGGGAGGAGGUAAGCGCGCAGCGCCUGGGGCCUGCGUGGCGCAGAGGGAGGCGUUUCUCCUACCACUCCCGGGUAAUUUGGAGAGGUUGUCAGUCUGUGCGUGCGCACAAGCUCCAGGCGAAAAAGGGUAAGCUCCAAAGCCCGGCAGAGAGGGUCAGGGUGUCUGACGUUCCUCUGCAGCCUCGCAAACCUCCUGGAAUAAGUGUGAGAGUGGGAGAGAACGCGCGCUGACGCACGGGCUGGCUGCGCUUGGCUCGCUUGGUGGCCCGGGGCCCCAGGGCCUGGGGGCCCGCCUGGCGGCCCAGGAUUAUCGUGACGUCACAUUGAGCCUCUGGCCGCCUUGGACUGGGACACCUCGGGAGCCGCACAGCUCUGCGCCUCACCUCACCUGGCCUCGCCACCACGCGCCUUUGGGAACCUGUACCCUCUCCCUUGCCCGGGCCCAUCCAUGGGCCCUUCUGUCUUCCGGACCAGACGGGUCGGAGGGGCUCCUUCUGGAGCACAGAGUUCGGUGGCGCGGCUGCCCUCGACUCUGCCUCCAGCGGACGGAGGAUCUGGCGCUGGGCACCCGCGGUAGUGGAAGGGACCCAGGCGGCUUGCUUGCAGCUGGAGGUGCAGAACCGCAGGGCUGAGGCAGGAACUCCAAAGACCAGAGGGAGGCGGGUCAGGAACAGUCACUAUGUCCUUCCCGCACUUUGGACACCCAUAUGGCAGUGCUUCCCAGUUCUUGGUGUCUGCAAGUUCCAGUGCCACUUGCUGCGAAUCUGUCCCAGGCUCCAUCGCAGAUGUGGCUUCAGGUCCCACACCUACAGCAGCUCUCUGCUAUGCACCUUAUGAGAGUCGGCUGCUUGGUAGCACGAGGCCUGACCUGGGUGCCGCCUUGGGCAUAUAUGGAGCCCCCUACGCUACCGCGGCUGCUGCCCAGGGCUACCCCAGCUAUCUGCCCUACAGCCCGGAUCCUCCUGCGUUGUAUGGCACUUUGAAUCCUCAGUAUGAAUUUAAGGAAGCCACGGGAAACUUUACUUCUAGCCUGGCACAACCAGGAGCCUAUUACUCCUAUGAACCAACCCUGGGACAGUACCAAUAUGAUCGAUUUGGCACAGUGGAGUUGAGCAGUGCGGGACGCAGGAAGAAUGCCACCCGGGAGACCACCAGCACACUCAAGGCCUGGCUCAACGAGCACCGCAAGAACCCCUACCCCACCAAGGGCGAGAAGAUCAUGCUGGCCAUCAUCACCAAGAUGACUCUCACCCAGGUGUCCACCUGGUUCGCCAAUGCGCGCCGGCGCCUCAAGAAGGAGAACAAGAUGACGUGGGCGCCCAAGAACAAAGGCGGGGAGGAAAAGAAGGUAGAGGGUGGAGCAGAGGAAUCCUUGGGCUGCCAACACAGUGACACCAAAGAUGUUUCUGCUAGUCAGGAGGCUCCGGGGCUCCGGCUGAGUGACCUGGAAGAUCUGGAGGAAGAGGAGGAAGAGGAGGAUGUUGAAGAAGAGGAGGCAGUGGUCACAGCUAGGGACAGGCUGGCUGAGUUCCACAAGGACACACAGUUGCUACUGGCUCCUUGCACCGCCUUCCCAACUCCAGAGGGCCGACCAGAGCGCAGGCAAUGCGACCUGGUGGCACCCGGAUUCUCGUUCAAUGAGCCCCCGGAUUCAGGAGAAACUGACUUUUUCCAAGCAGAGCCAGGGGGACCCACGUUGACAAUGCACUACCCAUCCUGCGAGAAACCACGCAUCUGGUCUCUUGCGCACACGGCGGCAUCCAGCGCCUCACCUCCAACCCCGCCCAGGCCGCCACGAAGUCCCAAGUAUCUCAUUCCCAGACAGCCUGCAGGGUCCGGAGCCAGGCCUGUGGUUCCGGGAAACUCCGCCUGCGAAGAAUCUUUCAGCUUAGCCAAAGCCUUUGGAAACCCCUUGAUUGCGCUACAGGGGCUGCCGCUGAACUGUGCUCCUUGCCCGCGGCGCAGGGAGCCUGCAGUGCAGUGCCAGUACCCAUCUGGAGCAGAAGCAGGUUAGCGCAAGGUCUGCGAUUUGUGGGAGGAUCUGGGGAAUCAGCCCUACUUGGCUCAACUGACCUCCAAGCUAAGAAGUCACCAAGGACGCAGGCUCUCACUUCACUAUGAGACAGACAGACAAGGAAAUCCUUCUACCAGCCCUUCUUGCACGCAAGCGCUGGGAAUAGGACACACAUGCAUCUUGUCAAAUCCCAUGGAGGAGGUGGCAGGGCACCCUGGAGAGGGCCCAGUGGGAAGGCUGGGCUGGUGUACCCAGAAACUCCACUCAGUAGACCACAUCUCCCUCCCUCCUCUGGAUGCAGGGUCAGAAGCUACUCCCACUCCAGCUCACAGCAACACUGACCUGGCCCCUAAGGACUCCUGCUUUCUCUCACUCACCCUCCCUCAUUCCACUUCUUGUAUCCUAAAAAAAAAAAAAGUAAUCAAGUCAAACCCAACCUGUGUGACU